AUGAAAGAUCCACAAGGCAUUCGUCUAUUGUAUAGCAAUUUUGAACAACGGGAAGACUAUCCUUUUCUUGUCUGGAAUGCUAAUAAGUCACAGAAUAUGUCAAAAAGAAUGAGUAUUUAUCAGUUUUUAAUUUCGCAAUUAAAUAUAUCAGAUGAUAAAUAUAUCGAAAUGGAUAGAGAUGAUGAAAUAUCAAAUCCAGAAAUACGUAAAACUUGUGUGCUUAAGGUAGCUGCUAUAAAGUGUAUGAUAGAAUAUCUUGAGCAAGAACUUUCAGUUAAUAACUUGCGCCACGUUGCUGGGGUUGUUAAUAAUUCAAAUCAUUUGUUUACAAUACUAAAUGACAUUGAAAAAGCAUGGCAAAGGCAAUUAUGUGAACCAACAUGGCGUGGGUCAACUCCUUGGACAUUAUUUUUGCAAUAG